AGGCGCCCGAAGUUCAUACUUUCGAAUUUUUUAACUCGAAAAAUUAAACGCUACUUCUUUAAUAAUUAUUACUAUUUGUCAUUUUUGCAGUGAUAGUCAACGUUUUUACUCUUUAUUAUUUAUUCAUAACGACGUCACCUCACUAAACGAUUUUUACAAUAGAAUAUGCAAUAAAAUAUGAAAUUGAAUAAAUAUAUCUAAAAAAUAGUCUGUAUUAUAAUAAACUACUGUUAAAAACUGUUUAAAAGAGUAUAUCUAAAUAAGGUAUUCAAACGCAUGACCUUGGAUUUGAAAACCAGUACACUACUUACUCUGCAAUAUUUUUUAACGUUAACUAUCUUCAAAAUUUAUAUGUAUUAGUAUAAUUAAAUUCAUUCUCGUUGAAAAUUCGCUAAAGAAAACGUUAAAAUUGGCAAUUCCCCUUGCAAUCUCUCCUUAUCAAGUAGACAAUCAUUUUGAAUAUAAUCACAAACAUAAAUUUAUAUAUGUAUCUAAAGGACGUAUAUAUGCAUACAUUUGUACAUAUCUACCUUCGUAAAAAGUCGUAUUUGUAUAUAAUAUUAAAGAACUGUUAUAACGAAAAAUGUUUAGACUAUUAAGCAAUAUUUAUAUAGCCCGCCGUUUCAUUUAAAGGCACCAAAAGGCACUGCUUCUGAUAUGUCAGACCAGUAAUAUGAAAUCUUUUCAAACAUUUUCUUACAUUCGUUUAAAUGAUCGUUCCUCUUCUUGGAUUUCUUUCGUGAAGAAACUUAUGCAAAAAGUAUGAGAGAUAGUAUACAGAUAUGUUAAAGCAGAAUAUACUGAUAUAUUCGUUCGUUGUAUUAAAUAUAUUACGAAUGUUUAAACAAUUAUAUUAACUGUAUUGUUUCUGAUUUCUUUAUUAUUUAGUUUUUUACUUACGUUAAACAAAACAUCUUUGUAACAAGCAACUCUUUCUUAACGAAUGUUAGAAAAUAUCGAAGAAAUUAUGUUGACUAAGUAUGUUUGGUUAUUGCCAAUGUUCGCAUCUAUAUGUUUACUAUACUCGCACGAUUACCUCAACGAAAUAAACUUUGAUUUUAUGCAAAAAGGAUUGAACUUUAUUGAUAGUAUUUAUUCUACUCUGAAUAGAAAUUCGAAUUCAGUUUCAAAACCUAAUACAGAACCAAAAAUAUUUACAUCAAAUCAACUCAAGAAAUAUACAAACGUAAAAGAUGGUUUGUAUAUUUCAAUUUUAGGUCAAGUUUUUGAUGUUACUAAAGGUGUAAAACACUAUGGGCCUGGUGCAACUUAUCAUGUCUUUACUGGACGUGAUGCAUCGUUGGCCUUUAUUACAGGAGAAUUUAAUGAUAAAGGCUUAACAGAUGAUGUCUCUUCAUUAUCUGUACAACAAGUUAAAGCAUUGUAUGACUGGGUAGAAUUUUAUAAUGAAAAUUAUAUUUACAAAGGAAAAUUAAGUGGUAGAUAUUAUAAUGAAGAUGGUACUCCAACUGAAGAAUUCCACAAAAUACAAAGAACAUUGAUACAUGCUAAGAAAAACCAAUUUGAAGAGGAGCAUAGAAAAAGGAUGUUUCCACCAUGUAAUGUAGAAUGGAAAGCAGAAUCUGGAACUGUAAUAUGGUGUUCUAAAAGAAGUGGAGGUAUAGAAAGAGAAUGGAUUGGUGUACCAAGAAUGUUAUUUGAAUCUCCAAAUUCCCAACAAUACAGGUGUGCAUGUGUUAAGCUUGAUAGUAAAGAAUACGAGGAGACCAAAGGUAUGAUCAGAGAGUACGAUGGAUGUCCAAAGACAGCAAUAAAAUGUGCUGUGAAAAUAAAUAAUUUAUAGUGGAUAGAAGCACGCUAUUGUUCUCUAUCUAAAGCAUUUAUGAAACGAUACUGUUUCACGUUGAAAAUGAAUAAUUUGUUUAUAUAUUUUGAUACAGCAAAUACAACUGUACAUACUUUGUGAUACAAAAUAUAUUUAUAGAAAAGAAUACAUAUAGUUGUCUAUUAUUUUAGUUAUUAGAAAAUGUAAGAUAUUAAAUGAAUAUUUAUAUUUUGUUAUUUCAUCAGUCUUUUUUAAUUCGUGUUAUUCUGUAAGUUUAUUGAAAUUUUCUUUAUUAUUACUUGGGAUGUAAUUGGAAUGGUUUUAUGCUA